AUGGGCUCUGAAGAGCCUCACAACAUUGAGCUAAAAGUGGAAGUGGAGAGCCUGAAGCAAGAGCUCCAGGAGAAGCAGCAAAGUUUAGAAAAAGCAUGGACAGAAGCCGAGAAUCAGAGCAAUAAAGAUGAAGCUGAGAUCUGUCGUCUACCAAAGAAUAAGCAUGUCUAUGAGACCCUGGGGAAAAAAAUCCAGGCACUACAUGAGGAGGUGCAAUCUGCAAAGACCAAAGCAGAGAAGAUGGCAACCUUAGCUGAAGUUGAAAAGAAACACAGUCUGGAACUCAACAAGCAGCUGAUGGAUCUUUCUAAGAAGCAAGAUGAAAUUAAAAAAAGCCAGACACUUCUUAUAGCAAAGAAGGACAAGAAGAUUAAUGAGCUGAUAAAGAAUAUGAAAGGGAAGGAACAACUCCUUGAAUUACAAUCCACAAAGAAACUGAAUCUGUCACUGGAGAAACCUGAACAAACUAAAGUGCAGGAGGUUUCCACUGAGAACAUUCCAGAACUGAUAACUGACUGUGAACAAGCCAUGAUUGAUUGCCGGGUGGUUUUCACUCUGGGUCACAAGUGA